GCGAGAUGUGACUUCAGGAAAUACUACUCGUCAAUUCCUGGAGUCAACGUUGUCCAAUUUAGUCUCCCAGCUGGGUACACGUCCAGCACAGCCGACUGAAGCUCCUCCUGUGGCUUCAAAUGGGUUGUUGUUUACCUGGGGUGGCAGAUUGUCCAAGCUACCCAUGGGCUUUGAGUUUCCUGCAGUCGACGCUGCCAUGGCGUGGCGACUGUGGUGGCUAGGGAAUGACAGGAGUGGCCACCCUCCAUACAGAUUCAUCGUACCCCUUGAUUUGGAAUCGACCAAGCAACGCAAAGUCCUUUCAGACUGGAAGUUCAUGAUGGGCAAGUUCACCGGCGUUUGCCAGGAUGCCGGCAUGUCCAUGCCCAUCCAUCCUACUGAGGACGACGUGUCGAGGUUGUUCGUACCGAUUGCUGUGUACAUCCGUACUGUAUGCGAUGCAGCGCCACGAAAGAGGACUCGACGUGUCACGCAGUUGCGCCUAGUAUCGCUCAUCAGGACUCUGCGGAAUGCGUCGGUGGCGCAGCAGUAACUUCAGGAAUGGACG